AUGGGUGCCGCGGCGUUGAAAGCUGGCACUGAGCUCGGGCUGUUGCCCAGAGCUGGCUGUUGUGGCGCACGAACGACAAGCGCUCUGUGCCACAAUGUUUUCCUGAACAAUCUCCUGGAGAAGCUAGAGGAGCAGUCACAGGAGUAUGAUUCGGCCUUUCUGUACCAACAGGUCAGGUCUGGCGCUGGUGCUGCACCACAGUAUAUCCUGCUCUACCAGCGGACGGAGGAGAAGGCGCCUUCGCGUGAGAGCGGGGUCCGUGUGGUAGUAUCGCAGAAGGUGCGACGUCUGCUGCGCUUAGACUGGAGUCCUGAUGGGCUGGCAUAUGAGGAGCCGGAGUCUCGCUUGCCUGACUCCUUGCUAAUCCAGUCCAAGGUCUUUGAUCACCCGCUCAGACCGCUUGAGCUUCUCCAUCAACUCAGUGAGGUCCAGCACAAGGCCUUUGACCCUGAUGAGUGGGCUUCCUUCAACUUCUGCUACCACAUGAUCAGUCAGAUCGCCGGCAAAGCCUAUCACUACAGGUAA